AUGGCGGAACUGCAUGGCACCAGGUCUUUUGCUGAUAGCGUACCUGAUACUUCAGCUUCGGCUCCAGCUCCUGUAAAACAAUCGGUCCGAUCUUUUAAAAAGAAGUAUGCCAAGCUCAAGGUCAAAUUUGAACUGGGGACUCGUGAAAAUGAGACUCUGAUUCGGGAGGAACUGCGCAUCGAAGACCUCUCUAAGCGCAUUCAGGAACAAAAUGACCAACUACUUGAGGUUCUUCUUGAGUUCAAUGAAAGCCUACACGUUCCUCCUGAAAUGCGUUUCGAUCUGAGCAUGCCAAAGGACCCUCCCUUGCUACCCACCCCGGACCAAGAAAUUGCGCCUUUGAUCAACGACGCAACACUAGCGAAGCAAGCAUGGGGUGAGGCCAAAGCUGGAUUGGCUGCCGGCAGCAUUGACACCAAUGCAUACCGCAUGAUUGAAGAUAGCAUCAAACGUAACAAGGCGUUUGCACCAUCUCAGCAGUAUAGCUCUUUGUUGCAAACCCAUCAUACUAGUCCAGAGACUGUUGCACAGACCCAAAAAGCCGAGAACGAGAGCGAGCGCAAACUCGGAUACUUCACGCCCGAGCAUGAAACCGAGUACUAUCUCGCAUUGGACGCUAAGCUUGGCGAUGAGGCAGCCGCUGCGCAGCUUGCACGUAUCCCAGAUCGUCCCACAUUCGCAGAGCGCGAGCGUGAUCUUUCAAUUCGGAACCCAGCCUCAGUUUACAAUUGGCUGCGUCGCAAUCAACCUCAGACUCUACAGGAUAACGAGAUUGCCUCUGAAAAGUCGGCAUCUCGCCCUUCCAACCAACGCUCUUCUAAGCGAGCACCGGCUCAGCGCAAGGAUGAGGAGAUGUAUGACGAGGAUGAUACCCACCCCACUCCUAAAAACAAGCGCAAACGCGAAGAGGACACUGGAUAUCGACCAAAGGGAGGCAGCAGUCGAUCAAAAAAGAAGAAGGAAGAGCCCAAUCCAAGUGCAGCCAAAGCAACCAAGAAGCCUUGA